GUUAUUGGUACCUCAUAUACAGUACGAUUACCGUUUAGAGCAACCUUCGACAAGGCAACGCGUUUUGAACGAAAUUUACGAUUAUCUUCUGGGACUCGUUCGCGUCUCGUGGUGAAUUUUUUGAAAAUCUCCCCAGUGGCAGCGGGGCGGUUUUAACGCGAAGAAUAGCCAGUUUGGGGACAGUCUGUAGAUGUGAACAAAUACAUUAGGAUCCACUUUGCGUGCCAUGUUAAGUAGGUACGAAUGUCUGCUAGUGCACUUUUUUUAACGAGCGAGUCCAGCGGAGUUUGUCGCUUGAGGUGAUUAAAAUCAAGUUAAUAAAAUGAGGUUAUUAAUUAUUGUGAACGUUAAUUUUGUGCUUCUGCUUCUCGGCAUUAACGAGGAAUGCGCAUCGCAACUGAUCGUCUCCAGAGGGACGGCGGAAGUCGAGAGGCCUCUGCUACUGAACUCCUAUCUACCUGCAAGUAUGCAAAUCAUCGCGUACUUAACCGACCUCAUGAAGUACGAGACGAAACCGUCGGAUGGGGUGACGACGACGACUACUGUCCGUCCGACGCCGUUCCACAAGCCCGGCCUGUAUUCUCCCCAAAAUCCCAUCGCCCACUACGUGAGGUCAUCCUACGGCGAUCAUCCGCAACGGCCUCUGUCUUAUUUCGAUCGCUACGGUUACUUCUCACCACGUAUUGAUGAUGACGACGACGGCCUGAAUACGAGAUUGGACGCAGGACGUGUCCUGACUGUUAACAAUUUACCUAGAGACCUCGAUUUAUUGGGCUCGGCACCGGCGAGCGUACUAAAGCUCAUCAAUCAAAUCGACGAGUACGACUCCCUCGAAGACGACGACGACAAGCUGAGGAGGUUUACCGAAAAUUACGACGACGCUCACCUGCGGCAGUUUGUGGUCGGGAACAAGCGACCUCCCCCGGUCCAGGCGUACGUCACCCUACUUCAGCUCUACGACUCCCUGAACCAAGAGUCGAAAAGGUUGCAGUUAAACAAAUACGGGGGUUACACCUCGGAUGUUCUGCAGAUUUUGGUGGAGAUCUCGCAAGGCACGUCUGCAGAGCAGUUGCAGGAAGUGCUGAAGAGAUUGGCGGCUCAGAGGAACACGCGCGAUCCGAAGACGACGACGAAAAUUAAUAACCUGCUCAAGGAUCUUGAUACUCCAAACAGCUACAUUCACGCGGCCCUCCAGUAUAUACCACCCCUUAAUUUUAUUUUGUAGGUUAGGCGUAGACAGCAGGUUGUGAAUUAUCAUUUUUAAUCCUAUUAGAUUGAUAAGUUUGCUUUA